GGCAGGGUUGGGCUUGAAGAAGGCAGUCGGAGCAGCCAUGCAGGCCCCAGACGGUGGUGCGGGGGGCGCCAACGGUGGUGCCGGAGCGCCCGCGGGCCCCAGAGGCCCCGGAGAAGCCGAAGGCUGUGACGGGACCGCAGCUGAGGGCACAGUGGCUGGGGGAGCUUCCGAGCUCGAGGGGGCAUCACCUGCCCCUAGGCACGGUGAAGACGCUUCAGCCUUGGCCUCGGGCGAAGCCUCAGGAAGCCAGCUGUUGGAGUUCGCCCUCAGGGUGCCUUUCCUGUGCUACAUGGAUGCGGAGAUGGCCCGCCAGUACCUGAUCUCAGGCGAGGAAUCCUUCCAGGGCGCUGCUCAGAUGGAGCUCGCAGUGAUUGGCAGUGACUUGCUGAUCAAACUCACUGCCAAGGACUCUGCUCUCCUGCAGAUUUCCACUGCCACCCUGCUCAACCAGCUUUCCACCAUAAUUCAGACCAUGCAGCACUUUGUGCCCCCGUUUUUUGCCAAGCCUCGGCCUGGAAAAGGGGGCUGAGUUCACAAGAGAGCCCCAUUUUAGGCAGUGUGUCCUUCCCCAGGCGCAUAAGUUUGCAGUAGUUGCCACUUUGUUUGGGGGCAUAAUUGUUGGCCGUACUGGCCCUGGGGUACUCGCUGCUCACUUGUUUUCAUUGGCCUUAAAUAUUGGUUGCCACAGAUAAUAAAACUGAG